CGCCGAGCUCCCCGGGCCGCCGCCCGCUUCCCCGCGCACCUAGCUCCUGCCUUUGCUUCCAGAUGCUGCGAGUCCUGCAGACCUAAGACGAAGGGCCGAGAAGAGGGGCCCUGGAGACUGAUCACUCUUCUGCCAGGAAGACACAUGCAGCCGAAGAUGAAUUUGGGGAAAGCAGCUGCUUGCUACCUGAGCUAUGGAGACGCAGGGCCAUCGUGAGAUGGAAGGCGGACCAUCCAAGUCUCAUUCCCACGCUGGAUUGUUGAAGGUCAGCCGAGAACUUCUAGUCACGCACAUCCAUAACAUCCAGUGUCUGGUGGACAACUUGCUGAAGAAUGACUACUUCUCAACAGAGGACGCAGAGAUCGUGUGUGCCUGCCCCACCCAACCUGACAAGGUCCGAAAAAUCCUGGAUCUGGUACAGAGCAAGGGCGAGGAGGUGUCCGAGUUCUUCCUCUACGUACUCCAGCAACUUGCAGAUGCUUAUGUGGACCUCAGGCCAUGGCUGUUGGAGAUCGGCUUUUCCCCUUCACAGCUCAUUCAGAGCAAAACUAUUGUCAACACUGACCCAGUGAGCAGGUACACCCAGAAGCUGCGACACCAGCUGGGCUGCGACUCCAAGUUCAUGCUAUGCUAUGCGCAGAGGGAGGAGCUGCUGCUGGAGGAGACGUACACGGACACCAUCAUGGAGCUGGUGAGCUUCAGCAAUGAGAUCCUGGGCAGCCUGAGCAGCCUGGCCUCCCUGCUGGACCCCAGCUCGGACGUCCUCAAUGAGCACGGCGAGACUGUGUUCGUGUUCGGCGACGCGGGCGUGGGCAAGUCCAUGCUGCUGCAGCGGCUGCGGAGCCUCUGGGCCUCGGGCCGGCUGGGCGCGGAAAUCAAGUUCUUCUUCCACUUCCGCUGCCGCAUUUUCAGCUGCUUCAAGGAGAGUGACACGCUGAGCCUGCAGGAUCUGCUCUUCAAGCACUUCUGCUACCCGGAGCAGGACCCCGACGAAGUGUUCGCCUUCCUGCUGCGCUUUCCUCAGGCGGCGCUCUUCACCUUCGACGGCCUGGACGAGCUGCACUCGGAUUUCGACUUGAGCCGCGUGCCCGACACCUGCUGCCCCUGGGAACCCGCCCACCCGCUGGUCCUGCUGGCCAACCUGCUCAGCGGGCGGCUGCUCCCGGGCGCACGAAAGCUGCUCACGGCGCGCACUGGCGUCGAGGUGCCGCGCCAGCUCCUGUGCAAGAAGGUGCUUCUCCGCGGCUUCUCACCCAGCCACCUGCGCGCCUACGCCCGGAGGAUGUUCCCCGAGCGCGCCGCGCAGGUGCACGUGCUCCAGCAGCUGGAGGCCAACCCCAACCUCUGCAGCCUGUGCGCCGUGCCGCUCUUCUGCUGGAUCAUCUUCCGCUGCUUCCAGCACUUCCACUCCGCCUUCGAGGGCUCCCCGCAGCGGCCCGCCUGCACCGUGACGCUGACCGACGUCUUCCUGCUGGUCACCGAGGUCCACCUCAACAGGACGCAGCCCUGCAGCCUGGUGCAGCGCAACACGCGCAGCACGGCCGAGACGUUCCUCGCGGGGCUGCACACUCUGUGCUCGCUGGGCCGGGUGGCCCGGAGCGGCAUGGAGCAGAGCCUCUUCGUGUUCUGCCCCGACGACCUGGAGGCCUCCGGGCUGCGGGAGGCGGACCUGGCGCUCGGCUUCCUGCGGACCUUGCCUGUGCUGGGCCCCUGUGAGGGGCAGCAGUCCUAUGAGUUUUUCCACAUCACCUUGCAGGCCUUCUUCACGGCCUUCUUUCUCGUGGUGGACGACAAGGUGGGCACGCAGGAGCUGCUCCGUUUCUUCCGAGAGUGGACGCCCCCCGGGGAGGCUGCGGCCGCGUCCUGCCUUCCUGCCUUGUUCCCUUUUGGGGGCCGGCGGGGUGGCCGCCCGGCGGGCUCCGACCCGUUCAAGAACAAGGACCACUUUCAGUUCACCAAUCUCUUCCUAUGCGGGCUGCUGUCCAAGGCCAGGCAGGAGCUGCUGUGGCACCUGGUGCCGGCCGCCGCCCUGAGGAGGAAGCGCCGGGCGCUGUGGGCACACCUGUGCGCCAGCAUGCGCGGCUACCUGAAGAGCCUGCCUCGGCUGCGCAGCGGGGGCUUCAACCAGGUGCAGGCCAUGCCCACCUUCCUGUGGAUGCUGCGCUGCAUCUACGAGACGCAGAGCCAGAAGGUGGCGCGGCUGGCGGCCCGCGGCGUGUGCGCCGACUACCUCAAGCUGACUUUCUGCAACGCCUGCUCCGCCGACUGCAGCGCCCUCUCCUUUGUCCUGCACCACCUGCACAAGCGCCUGGCCCUCGACCUGGACAACAACAAUCUCAACGACUAUGGCGUGCGCGAGCUGCAGCCCUGCCUCAGCCGCCUCGUCGUCCUCAGACUCAGCGUCAACCAGAUCACUGACAGCGGGGUACAGGUGCUGUGUGAAGAACUGACCAAGUAUAAAAUUUUGACAUAUUUGGGCUUAUACAGCAACCAGAUCACUGAUGUCGGAGCCAGGUACGUCGCCCAGAUCCUAGAGGAAUGUAAAGGCCUCGCACACCUUAAACUGGGAAAAAACAAAAUAACUAGCGAAGGCGGCAAGUGCCUCGCUCUGGCUGUGAAGAACAGCACGUGGAUCUCCGACAUUGGGAUGUGGGGCAACCAGAUCGGGGAUGAAGGAGCAAAAGCCUUCGCAGAAGCGUUGAGGAAUCACCCCAGUCUGACCUGGCUGAGUCUCGCAUUCAACGGCAUCUCUACGGAAGGAGGGAAGAGCCUUGCGCAGGCCCUGCGGCACAACACAUCUCUGGUGACAGUCUGGCUGACCCAAAACGAGCUCAACGACGAAGUGGCAGAGAGCUUCGCAGAAAUGCUGAGAGUCAAUCAGGCGCUGAAGCAUUUAUGGCUUAUCCAGAAUCAGAUCACAGCCAAAGGGGCUGCCCAGCUGGCAGAGGCGCUACAGGAGAACACUGGCAUAACGGAGAUUUGUCUACAUGGAAACUUGAUAAAGCCAGAGGAGGCCAAAGCCUUUGAAGAGGAGAAGCGGCUCAUCUGUUUCUGAGAGGACUUUCCUGGGUGGGGGUCUUCACCCCAGUGACUUCUCAGCAUCAGACACUGCUCUGUGCAGUUGCGUGCAUGGUGCCCUGCGGGGGCUGCUGCAAGAGGACUGCCGGGAUCCCACUCUCCCCCAAGCAAACCAACCUCCUCACAGACACCCAGCUGGCAGGUGCGCUGCCCACGCAGCUGUGAGGAUUCUGCAGAAGCUGAGUUUGUCUUGUGAGCCACUGUAGUUCCUGCCAAACAGUGGCAUGUUUUCUCUCCUGUGAAGAGACUUAACUGCAUCUCCGUAUAUUAUUCUACCUGAAGCUGGGGGAAUAAGACAGAGGAGAACAGAAGAUGCUAAUCUCAGCUUAUACAGGUGCUGCCCUGAGUCCCAGCUGGAGCCCUGGUCUCUGAUGUCUUCAUGAAAGAGCUGAGGAUGUGUUUCCAACUUUCACGGAAAGAAGGUGCUCAAUGAACGGGAAGUGUUGUGCUGAAACACCUCCCCACCCCUUGCUCCCCGUGGGUUGGUCCUUUCCCACUUCACAGCUGUAGACACUGAGGUGUAGACGAUGGAGACUGGGUUCAGCCAAGUUCCUCAGGAGAGAAAGAGCCCAUCAGAGGCCUUGGUGUCAGUCCUAGAGUCUUGCUGCCUGCCUAAGCAGGUCAGAGGAUGCCCUCUUAGCUGGUCUAAGAGAAUAGAUGGGGCCUUCACGCUGUGGAGUUCCUACUCUGGGCUGUGUCUGUGUCAGCUGAUCUCCUUGGAAGACUGCAUCCGGGUGCCGACACCCCUGUCAGAAGAAGACAUGGGAAGAAACCACUCGUGUGCUUCAAGUAGGACCCGGCCUCCAAAUGGAAGCUUUUCUCUCCUUGGCUCUUGAAAGGGGAAGUCUCUUCCUGCUCCUGAGCCAUUGGAGGGAGAUUGCAUACAGCCAGGACUCAGAGAACUAGCCCCGGACCCCACCAGCAAAGCAUGGUAGUCAGACACCCACCACCAUGGCCGGCACAUGGUACAUGCUCAUUGGGGUAGGGUGGUGAUAUUUCUAAAUAACCUGUCCUUUUGCCAUCUCAUUUGUUAAUAAAAUAAUGAAAAUACUA